AUGGAAACUGAUACGUUGGCUUGGGAUGUUGACUUGGUGCAUGAUAUGUUUAAUGAAAGGGAUGCUAACUUGAUUCUUAGUAUUUCCUUAUCUUCAAGUCGUUUAUGUGAUGUUUUGUAUUGGAGUUGGGAGAGCUCGGGCCAUUUCUCAGUAAAAUCAGUUUAUAAGUUCUUACAGUUGAGCAAAGAGUUAGGUGCACAGGAUGAUAAUUCCGUCUUUUGGAAUACUCUUUGGAAGCUAAGUGUUCCUCUGAAAGUGAAAGACUUGUUAUUGCGUGCUACCACUAACUGUCUGCCUACAAAAUCCAGACUUCGUUCUAGACAUAUGCCUGUUGAGACCAUCUGCCCUGUGUCCAAAGUAACUGAUGAAACCAUCUACCAUUGCUUGGUGGAUUGGUCUUUUGCCAAAGCGUGUUGGCAACAGUUGGCUGCUAGUGUUAAUUUAACGGCAGUUUGUUCUUUUGCCAACUGGUUUGCUACCGUUCUACAGCAAACGGAUGGGGAGAAAAGGAGGUUGAUUGCAAUGACAUGUUGGGAAAUUUGGAAACAUCGAAAUGAGCUAGUAUGGUCUGAUAAGUCCCCUACUGGUGCGAGUGUUGCUCACUUAGCUCAAGCUUUAUUCGCAGAUUGGACUCGGGCUCAAGAUUCAACAUUCAAUCCUACGACUGCAUUCCUUACUGAUGUCGAUGGUGCUGAAACUUGGGCCAAACAAGGUGGAAACACUUUGAAGAUUAAUGUAGAUGUUGCUAUUUUUUUAGGAACUGCAACUUAUAGCUUUGCAGGGGUGAUUAAGGAUGAAACUGGCACAUUGGUGGAAGCUUUUACCUGCUGUCGGUCAGGGGUGUUGCAACCCGAAAUGGUGGAAGCUUUGGGUGUUAAGUGUCUAGAAAGUUUGAGAAGGUUUGGAAAUGAUUUGGUUGAGCUUUGA